UCGAAGACUGUGGAUGCGUGUGCAAUCACAUAUGCUCUGUUGUGUGAUAUUUUAGAAGAAAUGUCGACCAGCAUCGUGAUUUCGGAGUUCAAGAAGGUUGGAUUUUCUAUAAAUCGUAUUGUGGAUUGAUACGCCGUCAAUAUCUGAUGCAACAAUGGCGUUACGCGGUAGACGAACAUGCAUUGUGAGGUAUCUUGUGCUUGUCCUGUUUGAGUGCUGCUGGGACGCGGUUACGGGGCAGCUCUCCUACUCCGUGUCAGAGGAGGCGAAUCCCGGGACAACAGUGGGAAAUAUUGCGAAGGAUUUAAACCUUAAUGUUCAGGAGCUGGAAUCGCGAAUGUUUCAGAUUGUCACCGGAUCGAAGAGAAAAUAUUUCGAGGUAAAUCUAAAGACUGGGUUUCUGUAUGUGAACGAGAAAAUAGAUAGAGAAGAGCUUUGUGCUAAAACGCUCAAGUGCACAGUCAGUGUAGAGGCAGUUAUUAACAACCCUUUGAAGCUGUACCGAAUGGAGAUUAAUAUUUUGGACGUUAACGAUAAUGCUCCCACUUUCAGUGAAAAAUCACAGACGCUGGACAUCGCAGAAAACGCUCUGCCUGGUGUCAGACUCCCUCUGCCUCACGCCACCGACUUAGAUGUUGGUAAAAAUACUGUUAGUACGUACAAGCUAAGCUCAAAUGAUUACUUCACCUUAGCGACAACCAAAGGAGCAGAGCACAGCGUAUCUGCUGAGUUAGUGCUGCAGAAAGCUUUAGAUCGAGAGAAACAGGCUGCAAUUCAGCUCAUACUGACUGCUGUAGAUGGAGGUACUCCCCCCAAAUCAGGGACGUCGCAGAUUGUUGUGAAUGUUUUAGAUAUAAAUGACAAUGCGCCAGUAUUCAGUAGGCCUCUCUACAAAACGUCUAUUUUUGAAAAUGUUCCUGUUGGCACAACAGUUGUCGUAUUAAAUGCGACAGACAGCGAUGAAGGGACGAACAGUGAGCUUUACUACUCAAUAAUUAAAAGAGAUCAGGAUGAAAUCUUACAGAUUUUUGAUAUUGACCCAAAAACCGGAGUGAUAACAAUAAAGGGAGAGGUAGAUUUUGAGAAAAACAAUGCGUUUGAAAUCCGCGUGCAAGCCAGUGACAAAGGACAGCCUCCGGUGUCUACACACUGCAAAGUGCUGGUCGAGGUCCUAGAUCUAAACGACAACGCGCCCGAAAUAACAGUAACAUCGCUGCUACAGACUGUGAAGGAAGACGCCAAAGCUGGGACAGCUAUUGCGCUCGUGUCAGUGACUGACAGAGACGGUGGUAAAAAUGGCAUGGUGAACUGUAUUGUCUCUAACACAGCGCCCUUUAAACUUGAGACCAACUAUAAAAAUUAUUAUUCUCUAGUCGUGAAUGGCCCUCUAGACAGAGAGAGCGUUUCUCAAUAUAACGUUACUAUUAUAGCUACUGAUGAAGGGACCCCACCUCUCUCUAGUUCCACUGUAAUUACUGUACACGUUUCUGAUGUGAAUGAUAACCCGCCUCGCUUUCCAGAGCCCGUCAUUAAUGUUUAUGUGAAAGAGAACAGUCAGAUAGGAGCUGUAAUUCAUACAGUAUCUGCUUUUGAUCCUGAUGUAGGUGAUAAUGCCAGAAUAUCAUAUUCACUAAUAGAAAAUUCUAGCCCAGUGUCAUCUCUGGUGAACAUAAACUCUGACAGUGGAGAUAUUCACAGUUUACAGUCUUUUAACUAUGAAGAGAUGAAAACGUUUCAGUUUAAAGUUCAGGCCACAGACUCUGGAGCUCCUCCACUGAGCAGUAACGUGAGUGUGAACGUUUUUAUCCUGGAUGAGAAUGACAACAGUCCCGGGAUUCUCGCGCCCUAUUCUGAGCACGGCUCCGUUAACACCGAGAACAUUCCCUAUUCUGCUGAAGCGGGCUACUUUGUGGCCAAGAUCAGGGCUGUAGACGCGGAUUCCGGUUAUAACGCGCUGCUUUCUUAUCACAUCUCUGAACCCAAAGGAAACAACCUAUUCCGGAUCGGAAGCAGCAGCGGGGAGAUCAGGACUAAGAGGAGAAUGAGUGACAAUGAUCUGAAAACCCACCCGCUGGUCAUUGUGGUCUCUGAUAGCGGAGAGCCCUCACUGUCAGCCACUGUGUCUAUUGAUGUCGUGGUGGUCGAAAGCACAGGUGACAUCCAGACUCAGUUCAAACACGCUCCGAUAAAGGAGGAGAGCUUCUCGGAUCUAAACCUGUAUCUGCUGAUCGCCAUUGUGUCGGUUUCAGUCAUCUUUUUACUGAGCCUCAUCAGUUUAAUAGCAGUAAAAUGCUGCAGGACAGACGGCAGUUUCAGCAGGUACAGCGCCCCGGUGAUCACCACACACCCUGAUGGGAGCUGGUCUUACUCCAAAUCUACUCAGCAGUACGACGUGUGUUUUAGCUCCGACACUCUGAAGAGUGACGUAGUGGUUUUCCCUGCGCCAUUUCCGCCUGCAGAUGCGGAACUGAUCAGUAUUAAUGGAGGAGACACUUUUACCAGAACACAGACUCUCCCUAAUAAAGAGAAGGUAAGAUAA